ACAGACACAGCGCCCCACAGCAGCAGGACUGCUCCUCAGAGACAACGUGGAAGAUGAAUGGACCCCCUCAGAACCACAACUCAAGCAACAUGGGAGGUGAUCUGAUCUCAGACGGACAUAAAGAGAUGGGUGCGAGUAACUUCAUAGCUGGAGUCUUCAUCCAGGGCAAGAACAAGAAGAUGAGUAUCUAUGAUGCCAUGAUGAGGGGGCUCCUGACACCGGGCACGGCCCUGGUGCUGCUGGAGGCACAAGCUGCUUCGGGGCUCCUCACUGACCCUGUGAGGAACGAGAAGCUCUCAGUGAAAGAGGCGCUGACUGCGGGACUCAUAGGCAGAGAUUUUUAUGAGAAGCUGCUGUCAGCAGAGGGAGCGGUGACAGGGUACACAGAGCCGUACACGGGACACAAGAUCUCCCUCUUCCAGGCCAUGAAGAAGGAGUUUAUUGUCAAGGAACAUGCCAUCCGCCUGCUCGAGGCGCAGAUCGCCACCGGCGGCAUCAUCGACCCCGUGCACAGCCACCGCCUGCCCGUGGAGGUGGCCUUCAAGCGUGGCUACUUUGACCAGGAGAUGAGCGAGUUUCUUUCCAACCCCGAGAAUCAAACAAGAAGUUGCUUCGACCCCAACACCCACGAGAACCUCACCUACCUGCAGCUGCUGCGCCGCUGCGGGCCCGACCCCGAGGUGGGAGCAUCGCAGCCUGUUCAGGAUACGAACUCCCAGGAGCAACAGUUGAAAAAGUCCCUAAAGUCUUCAACCAUCCACGUCACUGCUGGUGAGUUCCGGGGGCAAAACAUUUCCUUGUUGGAUCUGCUCUUUUCCAAGUACGUCCCUCAGGGGAGGCGGCAGGAGCUGCUGGAGCUGUACAGAGCGGGCAUACUCACCACAGGACAGGUGGCUGCCGUGGUCACCACCCUCAUCAACAGGACAGAGGCUGCACAUGCCGCACUCACGGCAAAUGCCAGAAGCCCACACAAGGUGGUGACAAGGGCAAAGGAAAAUGGGGAUGAUUUUUCAAUACAAGAUGCACAACUGGAUAACAUCUUGAAGUCCACCACCGUUGAUGUGCCAGCUGGUGAGCUGCAGGGGAGGCAGAUCUCCGUGUGGGACCUGCUCUUCUCUGACUACAUCCCUGAGGAGAAAAGGCACCAGCUCCUGGAGCUCUACCGUGAAGGGGUAUUAACUCUGGAGCAGAUGAUAACAGUUGUUAUCACUGUCGUUAAGAAAAAAGAAUCCUCAGGCAGAAAAUUCCUAAUUUCAGUCAAGAAUUCCAACAAGAAUCCCAAAUCAGCAGCUGGGGAAAAGGAUGACAAGUCCCCCAAAGAGGAACCAUGGAAAACAGCCCUGAAAACCACAGUCAUCGAUGUAGAAGUUGGGGAGUUUCGGGGCCAAAAGGUCUCUGUGUGGGACCUGCUCCACUCCAAAUACAUCCCUGAGGAGAACAGAAAGGAGCUCCUGGAGCUGUACCAGGCAGGAGAGCUGACCCUUGAGCAGGUGAAAACUGUCGUCAGCACCAUCGUCACCAAGGCAGAAGCAGCAAAGGCAGAGAAAUCAGCAAAUGCAGAUACUCCGGAGUCAGCUGUGGCUGAUGCUGAGCACACCCACCUGCCGGAGGAGAGGACCUGGGAGGAGACCCUGAAGUCCACCACGGUUGAGAUGCCAGUGGAAGAGUUCCAGGGGAGACAGGUCUCUGUGUGGGACCUGCUCUUCUCCGAGUACAUCCCUGAGGAGAAAAGGCAGGAGCUCCUGCAGCUCUACCACGCAGGGACACUCAGCAUUCAGGAACUGGCCAGCACCACCAGCAGCAUCGUGAGGGACAGCAAGGAAAGGUUUCUAGCAACCCUUCCCCAGGAGACCGUGGAUCUCCUCCAGUCCGAGGGCUCCUACAUCACUUUCGGCCAGUUCCAGGAGCGGAGGGUGUCGGUGUGGGAGCUCUUCUCCACCAAGCAAGUCUCCGAGUACAAGCGAGAGGCACACCUUGACACUUACGGCACGGGAGGGCUCACUGUGAACAAGAUCACCAUCACCACCACCGUCGUCACGGGCCCGCAGCGUAAGAAGAGACUCUCUCAGGACCUGUAG